AUGGGUUUGGCUUGUCAACCGAAAAAAAGAAGGGUUCGACUUUUGUUGCAAAUUACAAUUGUGGUGUUCUUGGCACGGCUUGGGAAAGAGAAUGCUGGUUUUUUCAGACAAGGCUUAAAGGUGUGUCUCAUGCUUUCUUCGGCUAUGAUUUCAAAUUUGCUUAAAGUCCACACUGUUCGCAGUUCCUUGAUAUGUGUGCAUCAUGUUUCGUUUCCCUCACAAUAUAAGGAAAUAGGAUCCAUGGAUGGAUGCAUUUGCUACCGUUUUUAG